CAUUAUUGAUUUAAAUAUUUUCCAUUAUUUUCCCUCGAUUUUUCAUUAUUUUUAUUCCCAAAACCAUUUUUUUUUAAACAACCGGACAAUCCUGUUCAUUAAUAAUUUUGUUUGCUCAAACCAAAACUUUCAAACUUUUCGCGGGCUUUCUCCUUACACUCUCCGAGAGGCGCCAUGUUUGUUUCUUUUGAAAUUUUUCAAAUCAGCUGGUAGCGUUGGUCGUACUAAAUAAUUGCAUCAGCGUACAAAGUGUGUCCGAUUCGGACGCCAAAUUCUUUCGAAAUUCGUGUAAAGGCGUCGUCAUCAUCAUUUUCCAAUCGAGCCGAAAAAUAAGGAUGCUCUGCAAUAACGACCAUGGAGGAGAUUGAACUCGUCGCUCGUCGCAACCACCCUUCCUCGCACGACCAAUUAUUAUUAUUUUCAUCACCCCAAUUUUCGUAAGAGGUGGAAUUUAAAAAAAAAAGAUGCAUCACAUCCGACGGUGCUCGACAAGGAUCAGCGCCCUGCUGACCUCCAACUCCUGCGAACUCCGCUCCGUAACCCCUUUGUCCGCCUCCUUCUACAGUGGCAAAAUUGCUGCAAAGUGGAGGAAACCCGAAGAUCUCGGACACACGAUGAUACUCGUCCAGGACGGCUGCGAGAUCAACGAACUACCGGUCAUUGUUCGGAAGGUGAACGACUUCAUAGCUUUUGACACAACGUCCGAACUGCCUCCGAAAGCGCCUCAGCCUUCGUACGGAGAGCAUGAAGACGAGGCUGUGAGUGCCAUUGACCGGUGCCACUCGCUCAAGUCGCUCUACUCCCUCUUGGAGAUUUUGCCCAAGGAGGAGGUGACGCCGAUCAUCGCCGUGCACGCCCUCAAACGUAUCCUUGAUCUGGAAAACAACCACCAGUUUCGGAACCAAGAGAACAACAAGGACGCCAACUUCACUCGGGCAGCGGUCGUCAGCGAGUUGAUUGACAUCAUUGUUACGGGGAAGGACGAAGCGUCUGUGGUCAGGGCCCUUCGAAUCGCGGCCAGGGAUUUGUCUGGCUGCAGGGAGCACAAGGAGAGACUGAAAAACGAGGUUCUCGUGCGGGCCACGGAAAACAGACUGAAUUUGAGUCUCUUGUGCGACGCCGUCCGGUCCUUCGCCCACCUGCGGUCGGAAGACGUGGACAAAUUGUGGGUCGGGUUUGUGUCUCGGGAGGCCGAGAUCUCGGAGUACAACGUUCUGGAAAUGUUCCGGGUGUUGCCCUUUUUAAAGGAAAGUCGGCAGGCAAUUUUCCAGAUUUUGGAAAGAAAGAUGAUCGGCCCGACUGGCUUUUGGUGGCAGAUAAGUCCGCGGCAAACUAUUGUUGGAGAAAUUUUGGCGUUGAUGAAGUCGGCAAGACUUUCGUCGGUGCGGCUGCUGGCGGCGCUCAGCAAGUGGACCAACAUAAAUAUCCAUCUCAUCAAACCGGAGCACCUGAACUGCAUCAUCACGGCAUUUUCUUCCCACAACUAUUCGGACAACACGCUCAAAGUGGCAUUGGAGAGAUUCGUCAAAGCUAAUCAAAAGAAGAGCAAACCUCAGGCUCAACAGAGUCUCUAUUCCAACCUAAUGGCCCACAUCAUGAAAUUCCGGCACCGCUCGGAGAUGAUUCUGGACGGCGGCGCCACUUUCUUUGUCAAGUGUCCAAACCUGACGCCAACCCAAAUAAUGCACCACCUAUCAGCGUUCGGCCACCUCAACUACUUGCCCAAAAACGCGGACCAAUUCUGGAAGCAUGUGGAGACCAGCCUUGACGCCAAAUUCGCGCAGUUCAAACCGACUGACGCCCUCAACACGCUGCUGUACUGCAUCUAUUUGCAGAAACACCCUCUCAACUUUGUCACCCGUGUAUUCAACCCCAACUUCCUUGACAGACUGUCUGACGACUCGAUGGCCCAACCACAGCCGGAAGCCUCACUUGUAAUCAACCGGUUCAAACUGCAAGCGCUGGACGCUGCCCUGACCCUCGAGUGUCCCACCACCUACAACGGUCCACUCUUGCCAAAAACGCCGACGCGUCCUGUCUGGCAGGACGGACGAAUUCGAAGCAUGAGUUUUUAUUUGAGGGACGUUUUGAGCAACACGGAGAGACAAGCGACCUCGUCCGUCUUGUUAUCGGAACUGCCGGGCAUUGAGUUGUUCAUGGUCGACCUGGUGCUACAUCCGACUGUGUGCACCUGGAACAAAAAAUUGGACAAUGUGGACAGGUCGCAGUGCGCGAUCUUGUUGAUCCAUGUGCCGGAGCACUACAGCCGCGAUGGAAAAGUUCUUACUGGACCUCAGGCUCUGCGAAAGCGAAUUUUCCAACUGCUCGGGUUCAAGGUGGUCGAUCUGAACUACGACACUCUGAACAGACUGAAGGUCCAUCCCUACGCUGUCAGACAACAUGUUGCGAAAAUGAUGCAGGACAAAUGAGGAUGGAUUGUUACGUCUAGUCUUUUUUUCUUGUUAAAUCUUUCAAUAAAGGAAAAAUCGAUGAAAUUUUAA